AUGGCGACGUUAAAAGAGGAGCGGUGCUACGGACUGUCCUGUGGAAGAGUGAGCAAUGGCAGCAACAUCUCCGUCUAUCACGUCAAGCUGACUGACAGCGCGCUGCGAGCGUUUGAAGACUACCAGAGCAACAAGAAAAUCUCAAUACCGCAGUCAGAGAAUCCAAAUGAGCUGCGUACGUUUACGUUCUACCUGUCCAAUGUGGGAAAGGACAAUCCCCAGGGCAGCUUCGACUGCAUUCAGCAGUAUAUUACAAGUGAAGGGAGCAUACAGCUGGACUGCCUGGGAGGGAUCCAGGACAAAAUCACUGUAUGCGCCACGGACGACUCCUACCAGAAAGCCAGGCAAAGCAUGGCUCAGGCAGAGGAGGAAACCCGCAGCCGUGGAGCCAUCGUCAUCAAGCCUGGCGGGAGAUACGUGGGUAGGUUUGAUGCAUCUCGGGCUGCCACAUUUGAAUGUAUGCAACUGUUCCUUCAACGGAAGAACCUCGUUUUGGCCAUCAGCUGGUCAAAAUCUGAUCGGUUUACACACUUCUCGCGGCCGGUCAUCUCCAGCAGUCAGAAGAAGAGCCCGCCGCGGCCGCUGAGGGUACGGCUGGUGCAUUUACUGGCCCUGAAACCCUACCGCAAACCCGAACUCCUGGUGCGGCUCACGAAGGACGGCCUGUCUCCUCAGGACAAGGAGACGCUGGACUGCCUCCUGCAACAGGUGGCUAACCUGAAUAGUAAGGACAACACCUUCACAUUGAAGAAUUGCUUGUUUAAGGAAGUUCAGAAGGACUGGCCUGGUUAUACUGAGGUGGACCAGCAGAUUCUGAAGAGAAUUCUUGUACGAAAACUGUGUAAGCCUCAGAGCAGUGGCCCUGUGCCUGGGGAGAGUCCGGUCAGCCCGCAUAAAGAACCAGCCAGCAGCUCGCCCUCUCAGAAACGACCUGCAGCAGAGUUCAUCGAUCCUUUGGCCAAUAAGAAACCCAGAAUAUCACAUCUAGCCAGUAAGUCUACAGGGCUCAUCAAUGGCAAACUGAGUUCAUCCAAUGGGAAGGACUCAUCUAGUUCUCAAUCAGCAGAGACGUCGUCGAGCUCCCACUUCCCUCUGCUGGAGAUCCCCCGACCCUUCGACCCCCUUUCGGAUGUCAGCAACGACUCCAAUGGCCGAGACUGUGAAAGUCAGGAGGCGGCGGUGGCGGAGAGACUGAGUCAGCCCCCUUCGUUCGCCCCUAGCUCCACAACGCAAGAGGAUGGCCUAGGCUCCACAUCCCCGGCCCACAGCAGCUUGGACUGGUCUCAGACCCAGAGCGCUCAACCCUCCCUGCAUGGCAAGUCAAAGAAGAAGUCCAAAAAACACAAGGACAAAGACAAGUCCAAGGAGAAAGACAGGGACCGAGAGCGGGACAUGAAGAAGGAGAGGAGAGUUGAUGAAGACCGUGGCUUGGAUCAGAGGAAACCCUGUGACGUCACAACCAGCGAUAGGAGCCCAGGUCUGAACGGAACGUGCCACAGCUCCAGUAUUCCUGCAUCUUCGUCAGAGACAGCAGACUAUUUAUUAAAGUACACCGUGAUAAGCUCACAAGAGCAACGUCAGAGUUACAAAAAUGACUUCAACGCAGAGUACAGUGAGUACCGGGGCCUCCACGCACGGAUAGAGAGCAUCACCCGACAGUUCACUAUACUCGACUCCGAGCUCAAACAACUCCAGCAAGGCACCGAUAAGUAUAAGACAAUCCACAAUCAGAUACUUCAAGAGUAUCGCAAAAUCAAAAAGACUAAUCCCAACUAUAGCCAAGAGAAGAACCGCUGUGAAUACCUACACCACAAACUGGCACAUUUAAAAAAACUGAUCGCAGAAUAUGAUCAACAGCAACUGCAGAACUGCCACUAACAAGAUUUUAUUUUCUCCUUAAUCUUUCGGUCUCUUUUGAGAGGGAGAGAAUGUCUGGAUUAUUUGUUUUGUUUUUUUGGCUUGCUCUAAAAACAAGUUGCUCUAAUGUAAAAUGCCACAAAACGGAUUUCUUUUUUCUUUUUUCCUCGUAGUGGGCCAAGUGCUCUAGUAAGGACAAUGCAUACCCAUUAUUUUCAUUUUUUUAUGGGACUAUAGGGACAUGGGUGUACUACUCAGCCAUGCUUACCUGUGUAGCCUAAUGCAUUAUGGGAUUGGUUGCCAGCUCCCUUCCCUUCUCAAAGGUCUCAGAGUGUGAAAGGAAAAACGGUUCUUUGGGAGAUCUUUCCGAACGGGGAUAACUAACACCCAUUCCCAGAAUGAGAAUUUAAGGUUUAGAGAAAAAUUUAAUGGAUGUUUUUUUUUUUUUGCUGUAUGUACUAAAAUGGAAGGCCCUAAUGCUAAACUAUAUUUAUUUUCGUCUUCCAUAGGUAUACAUCCGUCCGGUUAUGAUUUCACACAGCUAAACCUCUCGUCCCAUCCCUUUGGUCUGUCUGUCUUUAAUCUGUCAGUAUUUUAUGCAAAAGCUGCCUUGGAUUUCGAGAGAUCCCGAUUGCAGUACACCUUUUUUCCCCCCUUGUUUUCUUAUUUUUAGAGUGCUGUAGUGUCUGAAAUAGCACUAUUUGGCUCCUUAUUUUGUGCAAUGCGCUAGACCAUGUGAAAUGGACAUGAAUCGGAUGCCCAUGGGAGAAGAUAACCGUCUGUUUAGAGGCUUGGACAGUAUCAGUAUUAAUAUGGUAGAGCUCCAUAUAGAGGAACUUGCCAUUCCAGAGAUGAGGGAGCGCUUCUGUUUUGGCACGUUUUUACAAUAUUUCAUGCUUUUAACUUAAAAAAUAUUACUUUAUCACAACCCGAAUCAUGAAUCAGAUGUGGUUGUACAAAAACGUGACAAAUCUUAUAAAAUUGUGCCUCAUAUGAGCCGUUUGUCGUCCCUCAGGUAUCUACAGUAAUCCAGUAUUGCUAGUUAUGAGUGUGACGGUAACAUCGUGUUUGCGGCCAAACUUUCUUGGUAUUCUUCCAGAAAAUAGUGAUUGUAUCCCUUUAACGCAGCCUUGAGGUAUUUCCGAGGGGCUGGUUGGUGAAGACAACAAAAAAAAUGGUAGAAACGCAACCUUGGCUCACUGUCUGAACCCUUUAGCAAUUCAAUGCUUGCUUAAAUACUGAGUAUUUGUGGGGGGUUGGCCAUUUCUGACAGUAUUUUCAUUACCAGAUGACUGUUAAAUUCCAUUAAGGCAUCUCAUCGUGGAGGAUCCAUUACAAACCUCUGACGUGCUCCUCACGUUACCGUGGCAUCUGCCUUCGUGGACGCUCAACCACAAGUUGUUCAUCUGUCGGGUCCUGUUGAAGCAUCAAUUGUACUUCUGAUAUCUGAACUCUUAUGUUUAAAUAUUACAAUUCAGCACUUUGCUCAGCUUCUUGCUGUUACUCUUACCUGGGUUUUGUUGCAAGGAGACACUUGCCUUGUCUCUGUCUGUGUAUGCAUGCUUUCUGACUGUUGAAGACCUAAAAAAGGUUAAAGGCCAGUGUUUACAGUGGCUUUACACUGCUGUUUAAUGUUCAGAAGCCAAAUAUUUCUCAAAUUGCCCUGAAUUUACCUGGCUAGAAUCGGUUCAGUGUUACAAUUUUAGGAGCGGAAUUACAAAAAUUGAAAUAAAGUGAAUUUGACUCGUGAAUCAACUGAGAAUAAUAAUUCUCAUUCACAAAUGUACCAGGUCAGCCACAAACUUUUAGCUCCAAGAAUGAUUUUUAUUUAUUAUUAUUUUUCAACACUUAUCAUGAUCUGCUUUAUGGUCUUUUGCGUUACUUGAAGAAAGAGUCUGAAAAUGAUGCACAAAUUCAACGAAUAUGAUUGAUGUUUGGAUUUGAAACUGCUACGAUACUUUGAAAAAUGAUGAGACACCUGGGGGGGGGAGUGUGCCAAAUGACCUGUUGUAUAGGUUUGCAUCGGAUGAAAUAUGUUGCUGUUUUAGCAAAAUAAAG